CACUGCAAGUACAAGGAACUCCUCACUUUCAGCCGAUUUCAGUUUCCGUCUUGAUGCCAUGACAUGAUCUUUCCUCAGGAAAUUCCGUUUUCAUUCCUGCACCACCCCUCCUCUGUCCCAGGUCCCCAGAGUCCCUAUAAAGAGGGGUUCCCAACUCAGAUCAUCACCACACUCAGCCGUCUUCUCAAGCUUCUGGGCUCUGCAGUCUCUCAGCUCUGUGCAAACCUCUCCCUCAGCAGCACCAUGAGGCUCUGCGUGUCUGCCCUCUCUCUCCUCCUGCUCGUGGCUGCCUUCUGUGCCCCAGUGCUCUCAGCACCAAUGGGCUCUGACCCUCCUACUUCCUGCUGCUUCUCUUACACUUCACGGCAGCUUCACCGCAACUUUGUGACAGAUUACUAUGAGACCAGCAGCCUUUGCUCCAAGCCAGCUGUGGUGUUCCUGACCAAGAGAGGCAGGCAAGUCUGUGCUGACCCCAGCGAGUCCUGGGUCACUGAGUACAUGAAUGACUUGGAGUUGAACUGAGCUGCUCCAGACUCAGGACAGGAGGAACCUCUUCAAGGAAAGGCCUCCUGAGCCCUCACACUUUUCAUUGAGAAGUACCUUGCUCCUUAACAUUCAGAAUCCCUGUCCCACUUUGUAAUGUAAAAUCUUUAUACAGGCUUUGUUAUUGUACUUGGUGUUAUUUCUAUUAUUUAUGUUCCGUUAAAGGACACGUGUCUCCCAUGGGGAUGGUCCACCAUUGCUGUUUCUCUGCUAUUGUGGAUAUGAUCAUGUAAUUGGU